UCUCUCUUCAAAAUAACUUCAUAGACAUAUAUAAUCAAAUGCUAUAAAAAGCAGCCUAUUUUAUUUAAGAAAAUAAAAGUACGAAAACAAUGUUUUUUUAAAAUAUUGUUUUUUAACAUUUUCUUGGUGCUAAUUUUAUAAAUUUCAAGUUUUAUACAAAAAUAGCGCGAAAAGCAACUUGAAUAUUGAAUAUCCGGAUAGAUUUAAAGAAACAUAUCUACAUAUACUGUAGUACAGGUAAGAUUCAACAAAGUGAUAUUAUGAAGCAACAAAUACACUAAUCUAUUCCUCGUGAAAUCUUAGUCUACACCAUUGCGUACUGGUAAAACUUUCAAAUUGAAGGUAACUGAUAAUUAGAAAUCAACUAUCUACUCGUUUUUAUGGCAUUGAUAAUCUUCAAGAGUAGAUCUGUUUUAAUAAAAAUAUUCUGUAAGUAAAAAUCUUUGCCUCAUUUCCAAAAACAAUUAGUAGAUGUUGAUUUUUUCCUACAUCCAAGGUAAAUAGUUGGUGUUCAGAGAUCAGAUGAUAAAGUGCCAUUAUGAAUUGUAUAUAUUACAAUUUUAGUUUAGAUACUGUUAAGCACAAAAAUUCAAGAUGCUGAUUGAAACAGGAAACAAUUAAUACCGUUCAGUAGAAUACUGAACAGCGUUCGGGUAUCUGAAGAGAAAAUCACUACUGAGUUAAAGUUUAUGAGAAACAACCCAUAGUAGUCCGCUCAUACAUCCUGAUUACUGGUAAUUACUGAAACGAAGCUUGUCAUCUGGAUUCAGUUUCUAGCUUUCACUUAACAUUCAGUGAUUAAAUUCCUUCAAAUUUUGAUCAAUGUAAUUCGUCGAUCAUUUUUAGUUAGUCUGCUUUCAAAUAUAAUGGUUUUUAUGAAUGUUGACGUGACAGAGUGCAUAGAAAACAGUCCUAAUCCGAAACUAAAUGAUUAAAAGCUUUGUGUUUACAUUUCUAGUUUUCCUUUAAAUGAAACCGAAAAUUUUUGAAGUCAAGUAAAAACUGAAAAAGGUACUUUUUUUAUCAUGAAUUUCAAGCACAGAUUAAAAUCAGUAUGGGCAAAACAAACAAAGCUAGACAUUGUUUAGCAAUGAUAAUUUUUGUUUCAGACUGUAAAAUAUUAUAUAAAAAUUAUGCAAUUCAAUGUUAUCUUGAUUGGUUUUUUUAUUUUAGAUAUUCUGUUAUGCGAAUAACCAUAAUUAAUUCUUAUUCUAAUCAAAAGAAGAAAGAAACACGAUAACAAAUCAACAUGCCUAUACCAAGUAUUCAUGUAAAUUCGAUUGAAGAUACUGAAAAUGAUGACAGACGAAAUAAGAAACCUUCCAUACCAAUACUACGAGUAGUUAGUGACGAUAUGGAUGGACGUGAAAAUGACGUUAAUAGUGAUGACGAUGUAAUGACAGCUGAAGAGGAAGCCGCUAUCGCGCGUCGAUUUCUUGGUGGAAACGACCAUACAGAACAACGCAGAAUGUCUUCAUUGGACAUGUAUCUCUCGCAGCCAGAAGUAAAACAAGAACCCAUGAUAAUUAAUCGUCAUAUAAGUUUGAAAGAAGAAGAAAAAGGUUUUGAGGCAGAGCAAAUGCUUCUUCGUCAAAAAGAACGUGAAGAAAUGGAAAAACAUCAAGAGAAAUUAAGAUUAGAACGUGAAGAGGUUAAAAAAGCCAGAGCGUCCAAAAGACAUUCAAAAGUCGUUGAAGAACAAGAGCCCAGUAAAAAUAAUCAAGUAAGGCGAGUGGAUUAUCGUAAACAAGGUCUUGGAGGUUUGAGUAAAGAGCGCAGAAAAAAAUUGAAGGAAAUGAUCUUGCAAAAGGCAAAAAAUGAACUUCUUGAAGAGAGAAGAAAAGAACUUCGAAACCGUGAAGAUCACAUCAAGAAACAAGCUCCUCCGUUCGACAUUGAUGGUUUAAAUCAAAUGCAACUUGAAGAAAAGGUGAAGUCGUGGUACGAACACGUUAAACAAUUGGAAUCACAAAAAUACGAAUGGGAACAAAGAUUACGCAAACAGGAUGAAGAGAUUAAUGACUUGACAGCUCAGUUAUGCUCAAUUAAAGGCCACUUUCAAAAACCAAUUCUUCGUAAAGUUGCUAAACCGAUGUCAACGGAUAGAUUACGUGCAAUGAGCGCAGCACCAACUUUCACACCCAAAACUGGGCAUAAAAAUCCUGCAGAAAUGAAGAGAAAACUGUCGGAUGAUAGUAAUCAGGGCGUAGUAAGUUAUAUUUUUCACACAUGUAUGUAUAAACGACUAGAACAAAUUCAAUUUCCGGUCACUUAAAAUUUACAGCAAUAGUGAUAUUUCUUGGUAAUAAGGCUGAACACUAUAGUUAUUAAGAAAAGUUUAAGUGCAUAACCUAGCAUUGUUAAGUUAUUAAUAUGUUUUACACUAACGGCGGUAAAUCCUAUGUUUCGAUACCAGGAUACUAUAGUUCUCCUCUUUUAUUGCUAGCCCUGGAUAUUCUAAAAUAUUUAUUGUCAAUGGUCAAAGAUUAUUAGCCAUUCGAAUUCAUUCAUUUAUGCGCAUCAUAUAAAAGAGAUUGUUACAUUGAACUGAUAUGGUUGAAUGUUAUACCGAACAAAAUACACAGCAUUAAUUAACUAAUCCAAUGGAAAUUUGACUGCAAAUCAAAUGAACGAAGAACACGCUACAUCAAUACAUGACCUCACGUUGAAUUUCUUCCUAAUAAAUUGUAUAUGAAGAUAUAACAUUUCAAAUAGCUGUAAGUGAUCAUCCGAAUAAUACUGAAUCGUAAAAGACAAGUGAAUCGGACUUCCUCAUAUAGUAAUUGAAAAUGUACUUUUGAAAACUGCGCUAAGCUUGAAAGGACGAAUCAAUAAUUAAAACAUAAUGAAAAAUAAUACGAAAAUGCAUUCAACUACUAGUAGUGGAAAAGUUUAGGUAUAGACGACACAAAUGCCCUGGUACGGCUGAGAG